GCGCGGCGCGGAGGCGGGCGCAUGGAGCGCGUGGAGCGCGUGGAGCGCGGCGGGCGGCGGCGCAGCGAGGCGGAGGAGGCGGAGAAGGGCCGCAUGAAGAGAACGAUCAUUAAAGAUUGGAAGACGAGACUGAGCUACUUCCUGCAGAACUCUUCCAAUGCCACUAAAAUGAAAUCCAAGCAAGUGGGGAAACACCGCACCUACUUCAGACCUUCCCCUGAAGAAGCCCAGCUGUGGUCAGAAGCCUUUGAUGAACUUCUUGCUAAUAAAUAUGGUCUUGCUGCUUUCCGAGCUUUUCUGAAGUCUGAGUUCUGCGAAGAGAACAUCGAGUUCUGGUUGGCCUGUGAGGACUUCAAGAAAACCAAGUCACCCCAGAAGCUGACAUCGAAAGCAAAAAAAAUCUACAAUGACUUCAUUGAGAAGGAAGCUCCCAAAGAGAUAAACAUAGACUUCCAAACCAAGAACAUGAUUGCACAGAAUAUUCAAGAAGCCACACAUACCUGCUUCAGUGCAGCACAGAAGAGAGUUUACAGCUUAAUGGAGAAUAACUCAUACCCACGGUUUUUGGAAUCUGAAUUCUAUCAGGAGCUGUGCAAGAAGACACCGAUCACCAGAGCAGCCCAGGGGACAUGAGCAAUGCAGAAGAGCAAGACGAAGGCUCUUGGCUAGUGAGGAAGCAAGCUGCAGCCCAUGGCAGCAUCCUGACCUGAAAGACUGAGAUAGAGAGCGCUCAGUCUGUUUGCCACAGUGCAAGGACAAUUACUGACUUUGGUGUGAAGCUGAGGGCAAAGAGGGAUGCUGCUGGAGGGCAUAUCGGAGGUGAUGGCAGAAACGUGCCAGGCAGCUGCUGGCGCUGUGCUUCUGGGUGCUGCAGUGAAAGGUGACCCUGUGCCUGAGACCAAACCACACAGUAUACGAGUCCUCCUGUCACGGCUGCGGUGGCGAUGCAGCAGGUCAGAACAGAGCUUGCUUCUUAUAAACAGAAGCUGCUCUGUACAGCUGCACAGUGCUGGGAACUUGAAUAAUUGGUUGUGUAUUUAUUUUUCCUAAACAUCAGCCAGUGUUGCUGUCAUCAGUCACUCUGUUCACAGUGGGUCUGUAAACUGCCUCUAGCUGCAAAGAGGUGUGUUAGGUUUCUGUGCAACCUCCAAGGAGGGAGGGAUGGAGCUCUGCUCCCAGAAGAGCAGGUUCUGCAGCUAAAGCAGGCGGAGCUGGGCUGUGACAGCAGGGCUGCACCAGGCCAGACCAAGGGCAGAACUUGGCCAAGGCGAACAGAAGUUUAUAGUAUUAUAUUUAUAUGUGGAUUAUGAUGGUGUUGAAUGUCGCUAUAAUGUCAUAAUUCUGUCUUGAGGACAGCAAGCUUCAGUGAAGUCUCUUAUUGUUUUUAAUAAACUGUUUUGAUACAAA